CUGGAAAGUAAAAGCUUUGGACGAGCACCUGAAGGCAGCAUGGGACAACCGAAGGGAAAAAGAGGAAGACAUCCACGUAGCCUAUCUUGCAUCGUAAUAGUGUAGCCGUGUAAUGUUCCCAAUGUGUACGUUUAUUUAACGAAACACUGCUUCCAAUUAAGCGGACAACGGUGUUCAUAGUGGCGGGGUAACGCGGGACAACCAUCAUUUGGUCCUGUUUGCUGAAAGGGAGAGGACUAAAAAUGGAGCUGGAAGACGGAGUUGUGUACCAGGACGACCCGGGGACAUCAGCGAUGAUGUCUGAGCGGGUGUCGGGCCUGGCCAACUCCAUCUACCGCGAGUUCGAGAGGCUCAUCGGCAAAUACGACGAGGACGUGGUGAAGGAGCUGAUGCCGCUGGUCGUGGCCGUGCUGGAGAACCUGGACUCGGUGUUCGCCGAGAACCAGGAGCACGAAGUGGAGCUGGAGCUGCUGAAGGAGGACAACGAGCAGCUCAUCACUCAGUACGAGCGGGAGAAAGCGCUGAGGAAAAACGCAGAGGAGAAGUUCAUUGAGUUUGAGGACACUCAUGAACAGGAUAAGAAGGACCUGCAGAACCAUGUGGACAGAAUGGAGUCCCACUCCCGGCAACUGGAACUUAAGAUCAAGAAUUACGCAGACCAGAUCGGCCGGUUAGAAGAACGUGAAUUAGAGCUCAAGAAGGAAUACAACUCGCUCCAUCAGCGACACACAGAGAUGAUCCAUAAUUAUAUGGAGCAUGUAGAGAGGAUCAAACUGCAGCAGAUAAGCGAGACUUCAGAGUCAAGCGCAGUUGGCCGAGUCAGGAGAGAGCGACCUCUUUCUUUGGGGAUCUUCCCGCCAUCUGGUGGGGUGUCUCUGCUAACGCCAGACCCCCAGGUCAGGGCAGAUACACUGGGCACAGAGGCCUGGAGGUUCACCGACCCAACACAACCAAGGUCCAAUGCAAGCCUCAAGCAGUUGGACUUUGUCGACCCCCCGAAGGAAAGGGAGGGUAAGAGUGCGCAGGACUCUACUUGGGGGAAUUCACUGGCAGACGACUGCAAGGAUGAGCUGUCAGACUUCACCGGCUCCAAGUCGGCCACACCAAUGUCCACCACAGCCUCGGACAUGGAGAAGGAAGAUGGGAACAGUAAGAGCAUGGAGGUGCAGGCUGCACCAGGGACCAGAUCUAUAUCAGUAGGUUUGCCUGAAAAUGAGGACAGCUCAGAUGUGCAGGACAUUAUUGAGUCCACCCCUGAGCUGGACAUGGAUGCCAUUGGAUACAAGCCCUGCAGUACCCCUACUAAAGGCAUUGAGAACAUGGCAUUCGACCGCAACACAGACUCUCUAUUUGAAGAGUUGUCGUCUGCAGGCACUGGGCUCAUAGGGGAUGUUGAUGAAGGGGCCGACCUGCUGGUGGAGUACUCUGACCUUAGUUUGAUUGGUAUGGGCCGGGAAGUUGAAAAUCUCAUACAGGAGAAUUCACAACUGCUUGAGACAAAGAAUGCUCUGAACGUUGUGAAUAAAGACUUGAUACUGAAGGUGGACGAGUUAACCUGUGAGAAGGAGAUGUUGCAGGGAGAGCUGGAGGCUGUGAUGCAGGCCAAGACCAAGCUGGAGGACAAGAACAGAGAGCUCGAAGAGGAAUUCAAAAAAGUGCGACUUGAGGUGGAGGAAGUGAAACACAAAACUAAAGAUGAAGAAGAUAGUGAUGUACCUACAGCCCAGAGGAAGCGCUUCACCAGAGUGGAAAUGGCCAGAGUACUGAUGGAAAGGAACCAGUACAAAGAGAGACUAAUGGAGCUACAGGAAGCGGUGCGGUGGACAGAGAUGAUCAGGGCCUCAAGAGAAAAUCCAACACUCACAGAAAAAAAGAAAUCCAGCAUCUGGCAGUUCUUCAGCAGACUGUUUAGCUCCUCCUCCAGUUCCCCUGUCAUCAAGAAGGUGGAGUCCCAGUCCAACGUGAAAUACAAUUCUCCGGGCACCUUGGUGAAGAGGAGUAGCACCUUCUCCCAAUUCCCCACAGAGAAGUCCAAGACCUUCGACUUCCUCAAUGAAGAUAAGGACCAGUGCAGUUCGCCAUCACGUAAAGAGCAGAAGAGAGCCCAGUACAGACAGGUCAAGGCCCACAUGCAGAAGGAGGAUGGACGAGUUACUGCACACGGCUGGAGCCUGCCCAGCAAAUACAAGGUGGCAAAUGGUGGACAGGUGGAGAACAAGAUGAACUUGCCUGUACCAGUAUACUUGAGACCUCUGGAUCAGAAAGAUGCUUCUAUGAAGCUGUGGUGUGCUGCCGGGGUCAACCUGUCUGGGGAAAGGACAUCAGAGCUCACUAAGCAGACAAAGGGUUCUCAGAGUAGCCUGGACCAGUUGGAGCAAGAGAGUAAGGAUCAGGAGAAAGGGGAGCAGGAGAAGGAGCUGGUCCAUCAGGACGAGAUGUCAAGCAGGGUCUGGGUGUGCACCAGCACCCACUCCUCCACCAAGGUUAUGGUGCUGGACGCCAGUCAGCCCUCUGACCUACUUGACAGCUUCUAUGCCUGCAACACCCAUGUGGUCUGCAUUGCCAGUGUGCCAGGUGUGCUGGAGACUGAUUUUCCGGCAGGUGAGGAGGUACCGCAAGACUCCGAGGCUGGCCAAGGUGACGGGGUGUCACUGGCUGGCAGUGUGGCCAGUGUGAGCUCAGCAGGCAGCGACAGCAACAUGGCAGCAGAGGGAACCACUGCGAUCCCCCAGACAGCCACCUCAGGUUCCACUGACCAGCCAGCUGAGCACAGCGGCAUCUCCGGCUCAGUUGAGCUGUCCAGAGAGACCAGCCCAGCAGAAGACGGCGUUCCUACAGCAGAAGAGGCAACAGAAGCGACAGAGGCUAACGCUGGUGUGGGCGAAGAAGGAGAGGAGGACCAGGGAGCGGAUCAAAACCAGCCAGGAAUCUACACGGAGCAUGUGUUCACCGACCCACUGGGUGUGGGACCCACGGACUCCUCUCCCUCUGACGCACAGAGGGGCUCCGGGCAGGAUGGCGUGACUUCCCUGCCAGAUGACUCUGACCCAUCAGAGGGGGAAGUCCUGAGGAUGAGCAGCGCCCUCCCCACCAUGUGGCUGGGAGCUCAGAAUGGAUGUCUUUAUGUCCACUCAUCCGUGGCUCGAUGGAGGAAGUGUCUCCAUGCCAUCAAGCUGAAAGACUCGAUCCUCAGCAUAGUGCAUGUUAAAGGGAGAGUCCUUGUAGCUUUGGCUGAUGGGACAUUAGCAAUUUUCCACAGAGGCAUUGCAGACGGUCAGUGGGAUUUAACCAACUACCACCUGUUGGAUCUGGGUCGGCCCCACCACUCUAUCCGCUGUAUGACGGUAGUCCAUGACAAGGUGUGGUGCGGCUACAGAAACAAGAUCUACGUUAUUCAGCCGAAGGCAAUGAGGAUAGAGAAGUCGUUUGACGCUCAUCCUCGUAAGGAGAGUCAGGUGCGGCAGCUGGCCUGGGUUGGAGACGGUAUCUGGGUGUCCAUCCGACUGGAUUCAACUCUACGCUUGUUUCACGCCCACACCUACCAGCACCUCCAGGACGUGGACAUCGAGCCCUACGUCAGCAAGAUGUUGGGUACAGGUAAACUGGGCUUCUCGUUUGUGAGAAUCACAGCUCUGAUGGUGUCCUGCAGCCGACUGUGGGUUGGGACAGGAAACGGCGUCAUCAUCUCCAUCCCGCUGUCUGAAGCCAACAAGACGACGGGAAUAGUGCCAAAUCGGCCCGGCAGUGCUGUUCGGGUUUACGGUGAUGACAGUUCAGACUGUGCCAUGCCAGGCAGCUUCGUUCCAUACUGCUCCAUGGCCCACGCCCAGCUGUGUUUCCAUGGGCAUCGAGAUGCUGUCAAGUUUUUUGCCACCGUGCCAGGUCAGGCCAUGCCCCCUCCAGGCAGUGCAGAUUCAGGCUCUGACGACCCCGCAUCUGAGUCCUCUGACACGGCGUCCUCUGAGCCCAAAACAUACCUUGUCAUGAGUGGAGGCGAAGGCUACAUUGACUUCAGAAUGGGUGAUGAUGUCGGUGAGUUGGACGGUUUAUCAGAGCCAACGGCCAACCAGCAAUCAGCACCCACCAAGGCCGAGCAGAGCCACCUCAUCGUCUGGCAGGUCACAACCUCUAAUGAUUGAAAAAACAAAAAAAAGACUGUUGUGUUGACGCCAACAACCCCCGCAUGCCCUUCUCAAAGUUUUUAAUUUGAUAUUACUGAUUGUUCUUAAUGCCUGAUUAAUUGACUACUUUGUAAAAAAAAACAACAAUUAUUUUUAGUCCAUUUUUUGUACAGUUUAUUCUUUAUGAAUUUGAAAUGUUAACUUAAAGAAUACGUCCAAGGUCCAAGUGUAACCCUCUAAUAGGUUGCAUGUUGGAAAAGCUGGUGCACACAGGGAAAAAGGCCAAGUCCACGCGACUAAAGGAGUUAGUUUGAUCAGGUAAUGUACCGACGUUGUUCGUCUCCCAGAAAAAGGGUUUAGAUGUGAAAGAUAAAAGGGAAAGAAGUGCUUGAAGCAUUAAAAAAAGGAAAUAGGACGUUUUAAGUGGAACUGAAGUAUAUUUUAUAUUAUCCACAUAAGAAUUUUACAUUUGUAAACCACAUGUCUGUAUGUGUGUGAGCAUCAGGUGUGUGUGUAGGCAUUCACUGAAGUCUUUUCCUGUGUUGAGCAUUUUUAUUAUCUUUUCCAUUAGGGGCCAGGUGUCGAAAUACCAUAUCCACAAUUCAAAAUGUAUACAAAAUUUCAAAAGGUUCAAUUCUUUGAAUGUGUUUUCUGAGGCUGAUUACUCCACUGUAUUGUCUGAUUAUUAGAAAAGCAGCUUGCACGUACCAGUGGUAAAUUAAAUGUGCUUUUACUCAGCAAAAGCUGUACGAUGAAAUAUUGCUUGAGAGGGUUAUAUUAAUAAUGAAUGACACCGAGCCCUGUUUGCCACAGGUUUUAUGUUUAGUGAUAUGAAUAAUGUCUAAGCAGUUUGGGUACUUAAAAGGUUUCCUGUGACUAGAAGAACCAGCUUACUAUACUGUAGGUUAGCAUUAGCCUGCAUGGGGAAAUCCUGUAUCCUCGUCCAAGUGUGUGCGCGUGUGUGUGCGCCUGCUCGGACGUUUUAAAGCUAAACCCCCUCGUCUGUUGUGUGAGGAAAAAUCUGCCUGUGCCACCGGUGUGUGGCGCUUCCUGUUUGCUUCAGCUCAUUGGCACUUUAAAAUGUUACAUGUUAGUCGCUUGAGGUUUGGAAGAACACCGAUGGUAAUAUACACUACACUACUGUAUGCUAAUUGUGUGAAGGGAAUAAAAUUUACAUACAUUUCUAGCGAGGUGUCACCCCCAGUAACCAAAGGAUGAAAAAACAAGCGCCGUGAAACUGACUGUUUCAUUAGUUUCUAACUUGAAAUGUCUCGUGAGUCUAAUUUAAGGGGUAUACAUGUGUAUUUUCAGGGUGUCAUCUCAUUGGGAAAUAGGCUUGAAUAAGGGAAUCUGACUAAAAACAUUUUUGUGUGGCACCUUCUGAUGGACAUGCACACAGCACUAAAGAGAGUAUCUCCUGAUUGCUUCAUCAUUCCUUAUUUUAUCAUUACAAAUACAUUUGUUUUUGUCAUUAUUUUGGGCAUCGUGUGUAUUUUGUAUUCAUGUGCGAGACACUUUUGUUAAUUAAUGAGUAUUUUGAGGAAGACUGUAACACCGUAGCAGGAUACCAAUAUUAAGCAGGUGUUUUCAUUUGUUUUUAUAUCUGAGAAGUUGGGCCAAGAUUGGUCUUCUGUCCAUUUCAAAAUAGUAACUUUAUAUUGUGUUUUUUGCCAUUCCAGUAUUUAGUAUUUAUUUCCUUUUGUUAUCGAGCCUAUCUGGGUUCAGAAUGUAACUUUCUACAUGAGCAAAAUAUAAUAGGAGGCUAUUGUACACAAAAUAGUCCAACGAGUUUACGUGAUUGUUAAUAAUGGUUAAAUAAAAGAAAUUGAUGUAAUCAUGUUGGAAAUUUUUGACAAACCAUGAGAUCAAAGUGUGCAAACAGUAACUUGGUUUUCAAACAACACAUUCAUGUACUAAGCUAUGCAUGUUUUUUUUAAGAGAACACUGCUAUUAUUUCAGCUAAAUCUCCAUUUAUUACCACCGUUUUGGGUGGGGUGGAUGUCUAUGUGUGUGUUUGUGUGUACAGUACAUGUUUACAUGUAGGAGUUUGAACGCAAGACACAUUUGUCAGUGUGUGUUUGAUUUUUGCAAAUGUGCGGUGUAUGUGUGCUCACUGUAUGUCCAUCUGUAAUACCCCAGAGACUGGCCACAUUUACCCGUUGUACCGGGUGUAUCUGGCUGCCAUAACGGUGGUUCCUCCUGGCCAAUGUUUGCUAGAACAGCAUCAUAUAGCCUUAUUUUUAACAAUCUAUUAAACUCAGUUUCAUGGAGAA